GAUGCAAGUUCAUCUUCAUCUAUUAGUAAGUCAGCAGCCAUGAAAGCUCUUUUCAUACCUUUUCUUCUGUUAUACUCACUUCCCUUGCCGAAGACGUCCCUUGCAGGGAACAUAUUUACCAAAACUCAAUUCCUUAAAGAUGGUGAGACCAUCGUCUCAAACGGGGGAACCUUCGAGAUGGGAUUUUUUAGCCCGACCAAUUCCUCAAACCGUUACGUAGGAAUCUGGUACAAACAAAUUCCUGGUCAGACAGUGGUUUGGGUUGCAAACAGAGACGCUCCAAUCAAGAACACUUCUUCAGCAGUCUUGAAGAUCACUCUGGGAGGCCAACUUUCCCUUGUUGGAGACAACAGUCAGGCCGUUUGGUCUGCAAACAUAUCAAGAUCGGUGCAAAAUCCGGUUGCAGAGUUGCUGGAUACUGGGAACCUGGUGGUGAGAGAUGCAGAUGAUGAAAACCCGGAGAAUUUUCUCUGGCAAAGUUUCGAUUUUCCGACUGAUCAUUACUUACCCGGAAUGAAACUUGGCCGGAAUCUUGUCUCCGGCCAUGAGGUUUAUGUUACUGCAAGGAAACACGACGAAUCUCCAGCUUCUGGUGAAUAUACAUUUCACUUGGACCCUACUGGAUACCCACAAGCUGUCAUCAAGAACGGCUCAACUGAGAUUUAUGGAUUAGGACCCUGGAACGGGUUGCGCUUUAGUGGAACAAGAGCUGUAGAUCAGAACAACACCCAUGACCCAAAUGGACUUGUUAUAAACAAAAAGGAGGUUUAUAUUUGGUAUAAUCUUAAUAAGGAUUUGGGUGUAUUCAGGUUUUUUCUUACAAGCAAUGGUGUCCUAGAAGCCUGGAUAUGGGAAGAUCAGAGGAAGGAAUGGGUGAAUUUGUCAAGUGUGCCGUCAGAUGAUUGUGACACAUAUGGUUUGUGUGGUGCAAAUGGUGUCUGCAAUGUUGGUAAGUAUCCUCCUUGUGGAUGUUUGGAUAAAUUUUUGCCUAAUAAUAGAACUGCAGAAAAUCCAGUUCAAGCCUGCCAUAGGAGAAACCCACUGAACUGCCACAAUGGAUCCACAACUGAUGGAUUCCUCAAGUACUCUGGUGUCAAAUUGCCAGAUACAAAGCAGUCUUGGUAUAAUGAGACUAUGACCCUUCAAGAGUGUGAAGAAAUUUGCUUGAGGAAUUGCUCUUGUAUGGCUUAUUCCUCUUUGAAUAUAAGUGAGGGAGGAACUGGCUGCCUGCUAUGGUUAGGGGACUUGGUUGACAUUAGAUGGCUGUCUGAAAAUGGACAAGACAUAUACAUCAGACUUGCUUCUUCGGAAGUACCUGCAGGGCCUGAAACAGGUUCAAUUCAUUCAAGCUCCAAGAAGAAGAAAGUACUAAUCAUUGUACUUUGUUUGUCACUACUGGUUCUAGUGCUUCUGGUUGGCUGCUUAUUGUCUUUAUGGUAUUUUUGCAAAAGGAGAAUCGCCAAACAAGCGAUGAAGAAAGAAUUAGAGCUACCAUUAUUUGAUUUAUCUACUAUAACAAGAGCUACGAUUAGCUUUUCAGAAAAUAACAAACUUGGCCAUGGUGGAUUUGGAGAUGUUUACAAGGGUGUUUUGAAUGAGGGACAAGAAAUAGCUGUCAAGAGAUUAUCAAAGACUUCCACACAAGGACUUGAGGAAUUCAAGAAUGAAGUCAUUUGUAUCGCCAAAUUACAACAUCGGAAUCUUGUCAAGCUUUUAGGGUGUUACAUUAGCGGGGAAGAAAAGAUGUUGAUCUAUGAAUACAUGCCGAACAAAAGUUUAGACUUCUUCAUAUUUGAUGAAACAAGAAAAAAAUUACUUGAUUGGCACAAACGCUUCAACAUAAUCAAUGGAAUUGCUCGAGGAUUAUUAUAUCUCCAUCAAGAUUCUAGGCUAAGAGUUAUUCAUAGAGACCUAAAAGCCAGCAACAUUUUGCUUGAUAUUGACCUAAACCCUAAGAUAUCAGACUUUGGAUUAGCUAGGAGUGUAAGAGAGAAUGAGACUGGAGAUCAAACAAAACGAGUCGCUAGGACACAUGGUUAUAUAUCUCCCGAAUAUGCAGCACAUGGGAUGUUCUCAGUGAAAUCAGAUGUGUUCAGUUAUGGUGUUCUAGUACAAGAGAUAGUAAGUGGUAGGAGAAAUAAUGAUUUUUGCGAUGAAGAUCAAUAUGAGACCCUACCCGGACAUGCAUGGAAGCUUAAUAUAGAAGGAAGAUCAAUUGCACUGGUAGAUGAGCAUAUUGCUGAUUCAUGUGAUGUAGUCCAAGUUCUAAGGUCAAUCCACGUCGGCCUAUUAUGUGUGCAACAAAAUCCAAAUGAUAGGCCAACCAUGUCUUCAGUAGUUCAAAUGUUGGUUAACGAUGUUGCCUUGCCUCAACCUAAAGAGCCCGGUUUCUUCUCUGGCAAAAGGGAGAUUAACAAUGAACUGUCUCCAGUCACACGUGCAACAAGUUCGAUAAAUGAAGUCACUAUGACUUCACUUCAUCCUCGAAGCUGUCUGGCAAUGGAAACCGCUCCGCUGUUCUUUGCGUUUCUGUCUUUUCUUUCCAUUCUGCAGUGUUGUGUGGCGAGAGAUGCCAUUAUCUGGAACCAAACUCUCAGACAAGGAGACACCAUCGUUUCAGCAAAUGGAGCCUUUGAGAUGGGAUUCUUCAGCCCUCCCAAUUCCCAGAAUCUUUAUGUCGGCAUCUGGUACAGAAACAUUAAUCCUCAGACGGUCUGCUGGGUUGCAAACCGCGAGAAUCCUAUCAAAAACUCAUCAUCCAUGUCCCCAGUUUUAAGAAUGUCCAAGAAAGGCGUGCUGGAUCUUAUUGUUGACACUAACACCACAAUAUGGUCCUCUACGGCCACCAGAUCAGUUGCAAAUCCAGUUGCAAGGCUGCUGGAUUCUGGGAAUCUUGUGGUUAAAGAUGAUGAUGAUUCGGGGGAUUUCGUGUGGCAGAGUUUUGUUUAUGCGACUGACAUGCUUUUAACAGGUCAGGGAAUGGGGAAGAACUUUGUGACAGGGCAUGAGGUGUACCUGUCAUCAUGGAAGAGUGACAGUGAUCCAUCUCCAGGGGAUUUCAGUCUGCACUGUGAUCCUACUGGGUGGAUACAGUGUUUCGUGAGGCGAAAUGGGACGAUUGAGGUGUCGAGAUCAGGGCCGUGGAACGGGUUGGGGUGGAGUGGGGUGCCUGCUCUGAGAGCCCCCUUUUACAUAAUGAAUUUCAUAAAUGACAAGACUCAGGUUUUCAUUAGCUACACUCCAGCAAACACCCAUUUUGUGUCUCAUUUGAUGAUCACUAAAGACGGUGUUGUGGAGCGAAAUUGGGUGGAUAAUCAGUGGCAGAGUUACCAUAGUCUUCCUCAAGAUAACUGUGAUCAAUAUGGGUUAUGCAGCCCGAAUGGCUACUGCAACAUUGAGAAAUCCCCACCCUGUGCCUGUCUGGAUAAGUUUCUGCCAAAAGAUAGCCAAGCCUGGAGAAGGCCAGACUUCUCGAAAGGGUGCGUUAGGCGGGCAGCGUUGGAUUGCCAUGAAAACGCAUCCUCGGAUGGGUUUCUCAAGUUCUCGGGUAUCAAAUUACCAGACACUAAGAAAUCCCGGUUCAAUCAGACCAUGACACUCCAAGAAUGCGAGCGAGUCUGCCUCAGGAACUGCUCCUGCACAGCUUAUUCGACGCUGAAUAUAAGCGACGGGAGUGGUUGUUUGCUCUGGUUUGGAGAUUUGAUUGAUAUCCGACACCUCUCCGAAAUUGGGCAAGACAUAUACAUCAGGAUGGCUUCUUCUGAGCUCCCUAAAAAUGUUAACAAUGGAAGAGGAAAGAAACAUACAGCUUUUGUGGUGAGCUUAUCAGCAGGAAUAGGAGCAGUUCUGGUAAUCAUCAGCCUGUUGUUAUAUUACAGGAAGAAGAAGAAGGAUUAUGACAAACUCAAAAAAGAUUUGGAGUUGCCCCUGUUUGACUUAUCUAAAAUAACAAGAGCUACCAACAAUUUCUCCGACGACAAUAAGCUCGGGGAGGGCGGGUUUGGACCUGUUUACAAGGGGGUGAUGAAAGAUGGACAAGCGAUUGCAGUGAAGCGGCUCUCAAAGGCUUCCACGCAAGGAAUAAACGAGUUCAAGAAUGAAGUCAUCUGUAUCGCGAAGCUUCAGCAUCGGAAUCUUGUGAAGCUUUUGGGGUGCUGUAUUCACGGAGACGAAAAGAUGUUAAUUUACGAAUAUAUGCCUAACAAAAGCUUGGACUUGUUCAUAUUUGAUGAAACCAAAAAGAAGUUACUUGAUUGGCCUAAAUGUUUCAAUAUUAUCAUUGGAAUUGCUCGAGGCCUACUGUAUCUACACCAAGAUUCUCAUCUAAGAAUAAUCCACAGAGACCUCAAAGCCAGCAACAUCUUGCUGGAUACCGACCUAAACCCGAAGAUAUCAGACUUUGGCUUGGCUAGAAGUGUUAAAGGGAAUGAGACAGGAGCAAAUACAAACCUAGUUGCCGGAACAUACGGGUACAUGUCACCAGAGUAUGCAGUGCACGGGGCUUUCUCAGUCAAAUCUGACGUAUUCAGUUUCGGUGUCUCGGUAAUAGAAAUAAUUAGUGGGAAAAGAAACAGGGGAUUCCGCCAUCAAGAUCACUGUGAAAGCCUUCUUGGACAUGCAUGGAAGCUCUUCACAGAUGGAAGAUCAGGUGAACUAAUAGAUGAGCAUCUAGCAGAGCCAUGUCAUUUGCCUCAAGUGCUGAGAUCAAUACACGUCGGCCUAUUGUGUGUGCAGCAACACCCCGAGGAUCGGCCAAGCAUGUCUUCUAUCGUUAAAAUGUUGGACAGUGAGGACGUGUUACAUGAGCCGAAAGAGCCGGGAUUUUUCACAGAAAGUAGUAGUAGGGUUAUUACGGAUGCUGAAUCUUCCACAGGCCAAAGAACAACAGGUUCCAUUAAUGAAUUAUCCACCACAAUGUUAUAUCCACGCUAGAGUACUGCAGAUUGGUUAGGACUUAGGAUUGGUUUUUAUCAGUUUUCCCAAAGUUUCAAGCUUUGUGGCUUUUUUCUUUGAUGUCAUUGGGAUACAGAUUCUGGUGUAAAAUUUUAGUUUUUCUUCAUAGCCUAAAUUUAUUUGUUGUUGCAAUGUAAAAACUAAAAACAAAAAAUUAAGUUAUUG